AUGUGUUGCAUGCGGUGGCAACCGCGGAUCACCAGCGUAACGACCAUCAGUGGAGACACGUUCCGGUGUACUGGAGUCGGCGAGGUGUCUGUGGAGACUCCUGCUGGCCUGUGUGCCAGACUCGAAGCACUGGUGGUGAGCCAGCCUCCCCUGGGCGCGGAUGUUGUACUUGGCAUCGCAGGCAUCGAGGCACUUGGUGGAGUCACGGUGAAGUCUGCCUCUGAUGUUCAAUUCUGCGGCGCUGGACAGCGACGGUUGUGUGGCACCGCUGGCCCUGCGCCAUUGGUGGUGGACGCCCCUGACUUCAGCGUGCAGUUCAACACAGUGAGUCGGACGUGGAUCGUCACGUGGAAGUGGACGAAUGGUGCUGCCCCUGACUGUCUCGGCAACACAGUGGAGCAGUACAACGUGCCCCUUUCCAUGCGACAGGCGUUCUGCCAGGAGCUGGAGUCGUGGAUUACAAGUGGUUGGCUUGUACCUCACGAUGAGCAGCAGCACGGGGCACCUCGGGGGCUUCUACCGCUCAUGGUAGUGCGGCAGAACAAUGGCGGUAAGGUGCGGCCCGUACUCGAUUACCGUGAGCUAAAUGACUGCGUGACUGCCUUCACUGCCGACAGCGACGUAUGCUCUGACCAACUAAGGAAGUGGCGCCGGCAUGGAGAGAACGUGUCCGUCCUUGACCUACGCAAGGCGUAUCUACAGGUGCGUGUAGAUCAGCAGUUGUGGCCUUUCCAGACCGUGAUGGUGAGAGGUUGGCGGUACUGCUUAACGCGCCUUGGAUUUGGCCUCAACAUCGCUCCACAAGUUAUGAAAGCAGUUGUCAAGACCAUCCUGGCUCAAGACUCUAAGAUCGAACAAGCAGUUUUGCCGUACGUAGACGACCUGCUCGUGAAUGAAGACCUGGUCAGUGCAGAGCAGGUUGCUGCACACUUCGCGAGUUACGGGCUGGAGUGUAAACAGCCAGUCCGUGUGGCGGACGGGGCACGCUUGCUGGGUCUACGCGUACGUCCGGUGAACGGGGAACUGCAAUGGACGCGAGACAACGCAGUUGCCGCGCCACCGAAACAAGUGACCCGCCGUGCAGUGUUUGCGUGGUGCGGGCGACUGAUCGCUCAUUUGCCGGUGGGCGGCUGGCUGCGACCGGCAGUGGCAUGGAUAAAACGGCAGGUGAACGCUAGUACCCGGGGCUGGGACGACGUGACGGGGGAUGACGCGCUGUGCGAGCAGAUGGAGUACGUGUCAAGCAGGCUGUCCAAAGAAGAUCCGUGCUGUGGGCAAUGGUGCGUGCAUGGAGACCAGGCAGUGGUGUGGACCGACGCCAGCUCUAUCGCUGCCGGUGUUGUUGUGGAAACACCGCAAGGAGCUGCCAUCGAGGACGCAUGCUGGAUUAGAAGAGAUGAGAGCUCCCACAUUAACAUGGCUGAGCUGGACGCAGCAGUUCGUGGCGUCAAUCUGGCCAUCGCGUGGGGCAUGCGAACCAUCGAUCUGCGAACAGACUCUGCGACUGUCUACCGCUGGAUUGACGAUGCGCUGAGUGGCCGGGCACGUCUUCGCACCAAGGCUCAUGGGGAGAUGCUGAUUCGCCGUCGGAUAGAUGUCAUCCGGCAGCUGGUGACGGAACUUGAGCUGGUCAUGUCUGUGACGCUCGUACGCUCCUCAGAGAACCGCGCCGACGCCCUCACGCGAGUCCCAGGGGAGUGGGUGCGAGGUGACAAAGACGGAUCGGCAGUGAGUGUAGCAGCGGUAGCAGCAGCAUCAGCAGCUAGCAGUCGGUAUAGCAGCGUGGCGAGUGUCGCUGACGUUCACAUACGUGCUGGCCAUCCCGGCGUGCGACGCACAUUCUUCUUUGCACGACGUGACAUCUCACGAGCAGUGACGCGUGCUGAAGCACGUGCUACUGUGCGGCAGUGUGAGGUGUGCCGCAAGAUCGACCCAGCGCCGGCGAAGUGGCAGCACGGGUCAUUGAGUGUGACUGAGACGUGGUGGCGUCUGGCGACAGAUGUUACCCACUACCUCGGUAGCGCCUACCUGUCCCUUGUCGACUGCGGGCCGUCUCGGUUCGCUGCGUGGCGGCACUUACGUCGUCCACAUGCGGACACCGUCGUCAGUCACCUGGAACAAGUCUUCUGCGAGCGAGGAGCGCCGGCGGAACUGCUCUGUGACAACGACACUGUCUUCCGAGGCCGGCGAUUCGCAGCUUUCGCGGCGCGCUGGGGCGUGUCGCUGCGCUUCAGAGGGGCAUACGCACCGUCUGGUAACGGCAUCGUGGAAAGGAACCAUCGCACGGUGAAGGUGAUAGCAGCGAGGAAGGGCUGCUCCGUUGCUGAGGCAGUCCACCUGUACAACGUGACACCCCGGGACGGGGAAACUGUGGCAUCAGCUCCCGUGAGUGGUAUUUACCGGUACCGAGUACGAGACUGCGUGCGGCACGAUCAGGUACAGCGUGCCGUUCAGAACUACACGGUUGACGAUACAGUGUGGGUUCGGAGGCGGGGCGAGCGCUGCACCUCAGCAUCGCAGCCCGGCGUCGUCACCAGGGUGAACUCGCCGCAGGUGGUAGAGGUUGAUGGAGUCCCACGACACGUCAGGGACUUGAGACACCGCAGCAGCCUCUCAGUGAACGAAGCUGGCACUCCAGAUGAACCGGGAGUAGAAGAUGAACCCCCGCUUCAUGUUGACGCGCAAAGCCAGCUGCUGCAGCCGCAGGUGGCUGAACCCCCACCUGAGGCACCACGAGAAGCCGUGCUUCGAAGGAGUACCCGUGAGCGGCACCCUCCGUAG